CAGGUCAUCUUCGAAGAUAAUGACAUACGAGAUCCCAUGAACUUCUCGUACAAAAAAAAGUGGACCAUCACAUUGGUGGCGUGUGCUUUCACUGGGAUAGUCGCUGCAGCGGCGGCCUCUUUUUCCAUGGGCUACCAGUCGAUGAUGCAGGAGCUAAACUGCACUCAGUUUCAGGCCACCAUCGGAUUGAGCAUGUGGUCAAUCGGAUUUGGCAUGGUUCCUCUCAUCACUUCGUCCUUCACGGAAGAAUUCGGUCGCCUGAAUAUAUAUAUCGUCUCGUCAUUUGCAUUCAUGCUUACAGAAAUUAUGAUUGCCCUCUCACCAAACAUACAGACCGUCAUACUUGGACGUCUUCUCGGGGGCGCAUUCGGCUCAACAGGUGCAACCUUGGUGGGUGGUUCGGUCGCCGACGUAUGGAAGCCACAUGAGCGUGGACGACCUAUGGCGUUUUUCGCUCUUGUUGCUGUGGCUGGAACGGGCCUUGGGCCCUUAAUUGCCGGUGUAAUAGAGGCAAGUCCUCGCCUUGGCUGGAGGUGGAUUCAGUGGAUUCAUGCUAUCUUUACAGGGGCUUAUUUCAUUUUUGUUGUGUUGCUCAUGAAAGAAACGCGCGCUACCAUAGUUUUAACUCGCCUGGCAAGGAAGAAGCGAAAAGAGACAGGAGAUUGUAGAUACCAAGCGAAAGCAGAGAUUGAAAAACAAAGCUUGAUAACUUUGAUCAAGAUUUCGUGCACACGACCAAUAUAUCUCUUGCUGACGGAGCCUGUCGUCCAGAGUUUCAGCUUGUGGAUUGGGUUUACGUGGGGCGUUGUCUAUGCCCUUGUCGAGUCUGUCUCCGCCGAGUUCCAGGCGAUCUACGGAUUUGACGUGCAGAACACAGGAUUUGUUUUCAGCACCCUCGUAUUUGGGAGCUUCAUUGGAUACUUUGCUAACAUCUAUCAGGAAAAGUUAUACCAGAAACAUUAUCCUCGGAAACGUCAGGAAGCGCGUCUUUAUCUCCCUUGUGUUGCAGCAACCCUCAUACCGAUUGGGAUAUUCAUCUAUGCUUGGACAGCAAGACCGGAAAUACAUUGGAUAGUGCCAGCAAUCGGUCUCACUAUAUUCAUGUCUGGCGGGUUUGUGAUUUACAUGGUGGUCUUUCUGUAUCUCGCAGAUUGCUAUGGGAUAUAUGCGUCGUCAGCCAUUGCAGGUCAGAGCAUGUGUCGAAAUUUGGCCGCAUCGAUCUUUCCUCUUUUCACGACACAAAUGUUUGCUCGCUUGACGUAUCAAUGGGGUCUGACCCUGUUCGGAUGCAUAGGUGCUGCGCUAGUGCCCAUACCAUGGGUACUUUUCUUUUAUGGGUCUAGGAUUCGUGCUCGAAGCAAGGUGUCACGAAAAAUUCUGGAGGAAGAAGAGUUGCAAGACAAUAUGGAGAAGUGA